UUUAAAUGUUUGUUCAAUGGUGACAUGCUGACGAAGAAGACGUCAGCCCAGCAGGCUAAAGUCGAAGAAGAAUAACUGCCACUGAAUUCACUAUCCAUCUUAAUUCAGUUGUCUUUAAGGACUACAGGGAUCGAGGACCAUGCUGAGAGUUUGUCUCAGAGGUGCGAAUUCUACACUCCAGAACUAUGGGAGAAACCCUGUGAACAACUUGCAGCACUGCAGACACUACACAAAUGGAGCAAGCAGCAGUAGUGCUGCCAAGGUGGUCACGUUGGGCUUGGUGACGGUCGGCGGUGGCGUUGGAGGAACAAUACUGUACGCCAAAUGGGACCACAAGUUCAGAUCAGCAGUGGAGAAAAAUGUUCCCUAUUCAGAUUGGCUUUUAGAUCUUGCUUUAGGACCUGCUCCCCAAGGAACUGUACUUCCUUCCAAAAAACAGACUGAGCAGCUCCAGCCUUCGUCAAUGAUGGACAAAACAAUGAAGGCAUCUAAAUCCAAGCCAGAGAAGAAGGUGAAGGAGUCGUCUGAGAGUCCAACGAAAGAUACACAAAGUCUGCAGGAGUCAUCAGCAGAGGCGACUCAUAUCAUUUCAGCCAUCAGUGAGGUUCCAUCAGUCCCCGCUCCAUGCGAUACUGAGUUGACACCUGUCAAAGACGAGUGCAAGGAGUGCCAUGGACAUGAAAAAGCUGCAGAAACAGCUGCCGUUUCUACUGAAUUAAUAGAACCACUCCAAGAGCGUCCCGCUGAAGAGGUGACUGCUCGACUGGCUCUGCAAGACCAAGAAGAACAGGACAUCCUUGCAUUGGUGUCAGCUAAUCUUGAUGACUCGUUAGCCAGCUCGGCUAAAGAUACACUGCAGGCCAUAGGUGCUCAGGAGGCAGCCCUGCAAGCCAUUGCAAGGCACACACAAAAACUGAAGGAAGCUAUGGAAGCAGAGGUUCCACCUCAGGAAAAGUCGUCCCAGUGGAAGGAUUUAGAAGCUUGUCUUGCCAAUAGAACAUCCGCUGUCGAUGAGGCCAAGGCUGCUCUGCUAAAAGCCAAUGAGUCUUUGGACAGUCUCAAAGCUGUCAUUGUCAAAUCCAAAGAGAAGAACGUCCCUGCUGUCCGUCCGCUUGUGUUAGCUGCUGAGGAGAAUCUCCAUAAGAUGGUGGUGGACUUGGAUAAAGUGCUUCAUAGGGUGAAGUCUGCAGAGUCGGAAGCUAAAAUUGUGUCUCAGUACAGUGAACUGGUUCAGGAAGCCAAGCUCCAGUUCCAGAGAGAAGUGAGCAGCCUUACACCGGAGAUUCAGGCCAAUUGGAAGGGACUCACUGGUAAGCUGUCCACUGAUGACCUGAAUGCGCUCAUCGCCCAUGCACACCGUCGCAUUGACCAGCUAAACCGAGAGCUGGCUGAGCAAAGAGUGAGGGAGCAGGUCCACAUCGAUGCGGCUCUGGAGCAACAGAGGUUAGAGCACCUGAAAGCCCAUGACGAAAGUGUCAACACAUCUCUGCAGCAUAUCAAGGAGGAGGCGAGGCUGCAACAGGAGAGAAAGCUGUCUGAGUUAAGAGAGGUAAUGGAGGCAGAGAUGAGGACUCAACUUCGGCGUCAGGCAGCUGCUCACACUGACCACGUCCAAGAUGUCCUCAAAGUACAGGAGCAGGAAUUGAGAGCCGAAUCUGAGCAGAUCCUAAACAGUAAGCUUCUGGAACAAGAGACCCAAUACCGUCAGCUGAGCCAGGAGCAGCUGGAUAACUUCACUCUGGAUAUGAACACUGCCCACGCAAGACUUAAAGGAGUGGAGGAAGCCAUUGACAGUCACGUAGUGGCAGAGGAAGAGGCUCGUAAAGCCCACCAGCUUUGGCUCAGUGUGGAGGCUCUCAACUACACAUUGAAAACAGCUGAAGCCGCAUCGCCCACCAAGCCACUAGAAUGCGCCGCUCAGGCCGUGCUAGACAGUUGCCAAGACAACACGUUUGCCUCUGCUCUGGCUGCAGCACUUCCCCAGGAAUCUCUGCAGCGUGGCAUCUACAGCGAAGCCUCUCUCCGCGCACGCUUCUACGGUCUGCGCUCGCUGGUUCGCAGAGUCGCCCUCAUCGACGAAUCUCACAACUCCUUAUACCAGUACUUCCUGUCCUAUCUGCAAGCCGCACUGCUGUUUGAGAAUAAACAGGAAGCACCUCCCGCCCAGCUAAGCAGUGAGGAUUUAGACCCGUUCAAGCUGCUGUCGUACGCCAGUUACUGCCUGGAGCACGGAGAUCUGGAGUUGGCAGCUAAACUGCUCAACCAGAUGACCGGAGAGGCCAGGAGAGUAGUAGAGGACUGGCUGCAUGAAGCCAGACUCACCUUAGAAACCAGGCAGGUGGUCACUUUGUUGUCUGCUUACGCUAACGCUGUGGGCUUGGGAACCACACAGGCUCCAUAGUCUCACGUUCCAUCUCAGAGUUCGAUUUUACACGCUUCAUAAGUACUCACGAUUUUCAGUCAAUGAUGUUCCUCUUUAAAGCUGCCUAAAUUUCACGUUAAACGUCAACCACAUAUUUAUUUCGUCUCUGUCUAAGUGGAAAACAAAGUGUAAUUCAUUCUAAUCUUGCUUAAAUAUAUAUUUUUCUCAAUAAUGCACAUCACAAUAAAUCAGUAAUGAAAA